UAAACCAUGGUGGAUUCAGAGGCAGACGUUGGACUGGCACGUCCCUGCGCUCGACGUCCACCGGGCUCCUUCCUGGACUCUGGGAUUCUCCCUCCGCAGCCCGGCAGCUGGGACGCGUCGCUGGACAGAGGAGCAUUGAGCUGUGCCGUGUUUUCCCAGCAUGUUGCAGGGCAGAGGGAGAUAGAGAGGGAAUAAUCCAGGUGGGGGGGUGGGGGGUAGGGGGCACCUUACCACACUUGAGUGUUGGUCCGCGGGCUUCUCUCGCUCUCUCUCUCUCUCUCUCUCUCUCUCUCUCCGUUUCAAAUCGUCUGCACAGAGACCUGGGAGUAAUGGAGGGCUGCGUCGGGGGUGCUCGUCGCCUGUCAUGCUGGAAUCCUCUCGUGUCACAGACCUCGUUGCCUUUGUCUGUCACUGCCGUCAGAUCCACUGUGGGGUAGCGUGGACGGAGCCUCCUCCUCCUCCUCCUCCUCCUCCUCCUCCUCCCCCCCGCUCCCUCGCCUGUGCCCCUGGCUCCUCAUCACGCUCGUGUCUCUUCACCUCUCGUGAGCCGCCCCCCCCCCCCUCUCUGCUGAGCUCCCUCUAUCCUCGCUCUCCCGCUCUCUCCUCCUGCUCUACUAUCUCCCUCUCUUUGCUCUCUCAAAGCAGGCGGGCUGCUGCUCUAUCCGGGCAGCUUGCUACAUGAUCUCCUGGAGAACAGUUCUCACCGCUGCUCUGCCGCCUCACCAGUCCUGACAAGACUUUCACCUCCACAGCGGCAGGAUGCUCCUUACCGAGGAUUGAUCCCCGUUCGCCCCCUCUCACUCUCCCCUUCCCUUCCCUUGUCCUGAUCUCCUGCCCUCUGACCCUCACCCUCUUGUUCUCCACCCCCACCUUCACCUCGUCACCCUGACCCGAGCCUCUCUCCCUCCUAAUCCACCCGCCCCCCUUGACCAUGUUGCCAUGUGUCUGCUGGCUCCAACCUAUCCUCAUCUUGUUGUCCUCUGUCUUAUGGACCCGGGGGGAAAACUGCCCAGCAACCUGCAUGUGCCCGGACCCGCACACCGUGGACUGCAGCGGCCGCGGGUUGACCCGACUUCCCAAACAGAUCCCCCUGGAUGUACGCAGGCUUCUGCUGGCGGACAACUGGAUACCCCGCAUCCCCUCGGACUUCCUGGUUCUGUACAGCGACCUGGUGUACCUGGACCUCCGGAACAACUCGCUGUCCCUCAUAGAGCCGGGGACACUCAGCACUUCCUCCCGGCUGGUGUUCUUGGAUCUGGGCAGCAACAAUCUGACUGAGAUCCCCAAGGGGACGUUCGGGGAGUCCCGUAGCCUCAUCAAGCUACGACUGGGCAACAACCCGUAUCUGAGCAUGGUGAGUGAGGAUGCUUUCCUGGGCCUCACCUCUCUGAGGGAACUGGAACUGGAGCGUAAUGCGCUGUCCACCCUAAAGGUGGGGGCGCUGAGUCAGCUGCCCUCCCUGCGGGCGGUGAGGCUGGAGGGCAACCCCUGGGUGUGCAACUGCAACUUUGCCAGCCUGUUUGCGUGGCUGAUGGAGAACAGUCACAAGCUUCCUAAUGGGGUGGAAGGCAUGGAGUGCUCCCUCCCGAUGGACGGCCGGCGCGUGUCCCUGACCCAGCUCUCGCAGGACAGCUUCCGGGAGUGCCAGGCCAACCUGACUCUGACCGACCUGCUCAUCAUCAUCUUCUCGGGCAUCUCGGUGUCGGUGGUGGCCAUCAUGACCAGCUUCUUCCUGGCGUCGACUGUCCACUGCUUCCAGCGCUGGAGCAAAGGCACCAAAGGGGACGAGGAAGAGAGCGAAGAGUGAGGACGGAUUUCACUUGUGUUCUUCACGCCUACCCCCCCCCCCCCCUCCCCCGCCUGUGGGACCGGCACUUCAAACAAUGAGGGGAUUGAACCGUAGAAAGUGCAACAUGUGACAAGUAUCAUGCUGCUUCUGGUGAGGAGGAUCUCACCCCUGGUACGGUUGAGGGUUGUUGUCUUUGCACAUGGACAAGUCAGAAAUAUGGGAAACGAAAGGACCUUCCCAAGGAAUGAGCCAAAAACUUAGUGAGGCCCAGCUCCACGGCACAGGUGUGAGAGUGUGUGGUUAUACUUUAGGGCUACUGGCUCAGUAUUAUAGGCCUACACAGAUUAAGGCUAAAUCCUUUAUAUAGACAGAGUAACCGAUUUUUGAGAAGUGUUUCUGCAGUGCUUGCAGAGCUGUUGCUUUAGUCUUAAUAAGCCAAUAACGUAUCUUAUCACACGGACGUCCAACAGCAGAGUGUGAGUCCUGUAACGUCACAUCAGAGUAAAUCAGUUUAUUGACCCUUUAAGAAAAAGGAUGUCACAUCGACCAGCAACCUCAGUGAUUAACUGCCUGUUACAUGAUAUGCUGGCAUAUCCUGCCAUUCUCAGUGUCUUCUUCUGGACAGAUUCACUCACAGAUAUUCAAAAGUCUUUCCCCAGCAACCGGAGAAGGCAAACUGCUGUUGAAGGGAAGAGAUGUGUGGUAGCUGAUUCACCGUAGACAGAUCGAGUCGGUGUCUACACGCAGUAUAUUCACUAUGUAAUCCAAAACACGUAUGUACAAAAAGAAAACAAUGUGCAGUCAAACAAAUAUAUAAAUCUAAAAGAAUUUACUGUAUGUUCCUUAGGUUGAUUACAGUGAACUGUUUAGAAAGAAGAUUACAAAAUGUUAUAUUGAAAGUUAUGGCAGAUAUACGAUUUUAAAGUAGAAUCUAUAUGUAGAACUCGUGUCAAACAACGCACUUUAAAUGGUGAACCUAAUUUUUUGGCAAAACCCACGUAGACUGGUUUUGUUGUCACCUGCCAAAGAUUAGGUUUGAGCGAAGGAGAGAUUGGUUGUGGGUGAAGUUUGUAUUUAGAGGGUAGAGGACAUAGCUCCUGAAUAGAAGGCAGCGCUACAGCCAAAAUCACACUCUGUACACUCACACUGUUUCAUGCUCUCCAAAGCUUUACAUUUCCUUCCUCGUCUGUCUGAGACUGAGCCAGCUGUCGCACUCAGCGUCUUUCCUCCUCAUUCUACAACACAUAGUUAAGCGCUGUAUGAUUAAGGUUGGGUACCGUUCACGUUUUAAUCAGUUUAAUACCUGGGUUCUGGUAUUGCUAUCCGACGGCUCUCUGCGAUACCAGAACAAAGUAAUUCCCGCCGUCACAGUAAUGCACCUACAAGUUGUUUGUGGUCUGCUGGAAGAAAAGAAAAAUGCCAACCAAAGUAAAAAGCAAACCACGUUUUCUUCAGCCAUGACGCGUCCAAAUGGCAAAUUAAGUACGUGGAGUCAACUUCAACUUCCUUGUCGCUAGCUGCAGCUGCUGCCAGGCACUCUUCUUUCAGGCUUUUAAACACGAUGCACUCUUUCUAGAUUCAUCUUGUGUUGACCGGGUGUGUCAUCAGGUUUGAUGACUUGCCAUGGCCAGCUUCACGUUCCUCUAUACAAAUACUGCAGCUACCGACACUAGAGCCCGAUGCACACCUCCUCAGCAAUGUAGCAUCACUUGAUACGCAGACACAUUAACACACUGGUAUAAAUAUGUAGGCCACUUGCAGAGGCUCUCCACGGAUUCUACUUGCUCUCCCUCGCCCGGAUGAUUUGACUUGCUCCCUUGCAGACGGACUAAACGUGAAUCAGUGCUCGGUUUUUAGAAAAGCACGGUACCCAACCGUUUGUGUGAUUGUGGCUAGCAAGAGAUUAGUUUCUUGAGGAGUAAAUAAUUGUCUAUCGUUGUAUUUGAGAACUAAUCAAUAUGUAGCCGACAUCAUGGACUCUUUGGGCUUUUUUUGCAGUUUUACUAAAGAUCUUCCGAUAUCUAAAGCUGCUGAUGUCAUACCCUUGAGAAGUCUCAUAACUCUGUAUCCACAUCUGCAUUCACAAGAGCGACUCUUCAGUACAAACUAAAUUAAAUAAACACACUGCCCUGGAUUUGUUCAGGUUUCUGUUUGUUAUUCGCCUCCUGUGUAUUUAAAUCCUCCUUGAUUUGGAACGCACAUAACUGAAUACUUUGGAUUUUUCUCUCCCCUCCCCCUAAAGCUAAGGUAUGUUGCAUUGCUUCUCCAUUUGCUUCAUGUAAGGCAUGAAUAAUUCGGCAGAAUUGAGAUAUGAAGCAGAAGGAAUAUCAAGCCUUCUAAAUGCAAACAAGCGUAGGGUAAAAAAAAGAGCCGUGGACAAAUACUCAUCGUUCCUGUGUGCUCGACAACAAAAAAAGGAAAUCCAAAAGGCCUAUGUCCCUUUAGAGCAAGUCAUAACCGCCUCCCCGAGCACAUUUUGCAGAGAUGACAAUAAAUAAAUGUGGCCUUAUUUUUGGUUUUGUUUCCGUUGUUGUUUUCAUCAUUAGCCUCAAUAAGAGCACAACGAUUUCACGUGUAAUAGACGUGACCCCUAGGUCCCUUUAAAGGAUGUGUCAUAUCACAUGCUGGCUCCAGCCUGUAUUGUCACAGUAUGUUUUCAUUAAUGUGAGUCGUCACGCGUUGUGCUGACAGUGCCACAUCCUUAUAAACAGAGUUAAGACUUGUACCGUGUAGGUGUUAUGUAUUUGCCAGAGUUCAAACCAUGCGGGACACUUCCAGGACACAUUAUUAAUUAACAAAUGAUUAAUCAUUCAUACCAGC